AUGUCUGCGAAACUGCUAGACGACUUGAACUUUGCAACCGCGUGCCGGGUAGCAUUUACUGGAUUCCUUCGCCUCGGAGAAUUCACCUACAAGACUGACGACCUUAGCACACAUUCUAUCUUCUCAGCCACAAAGUUAACGCGCUCCGACGUCAGGUUCUCGUCCUCGUUAGACCACGCACAACUCACACUUAAGCGCAGUAAGACAGACCGCCGUCACGAAGGGGUGCAAAUUAUUCUUGCAAAGACGGGAGAUAGCGCGUGCCCAGUUAAUGCCUUUCAGAAGCUGCUACUUCUCGACCCCAGAGGGCCCGACGCCCCAUUGUUCUCCUUCCACAGAAAACCAUUUAGUCGCAACAACUUCCUCUCGACCUUAUCUACUAAGCUAAGAGCGCUUGGACUACGGACAGAGGGCUAUUCGGGUCACAGUUUUCGAAAGGGCGCAGCUCAGCAUGCGCACGAUAGUGGGAUACUCGACGACCAGAUUCAAAUGCUAGGGAGAUGGACCUCAGAAGCUUUCAGGGUAUAUUUUACGACGAACGCGUCAGUUUUGUACAAGCUCAAUCACCAGUUCCAGACAGGCUCGCCGGCCCCGCUGUCUCUGCUGCUUCCCCCACCGUCCCCUCCACCAUCCUAG